GUGGGCAUCAAACACAUCGACACGAUUGUCAAAAAGUAAAAAGUCAAGCACCAGCGUGACCGUCUUUGCUGCUCGACCUGACCAUCCCCGACGACCCGCGGCUGCACCAACGCGCACAAACGCACGCAGGCACGCACGUCCUCUGCGCCGCCGCUGGACAUCGUCGCGCGACUCGAGCCAGCCGCCCCCCCACGCGCCCCCGACCGACCAACCUCCGCAACCUUACAUCCUCCAUCGGCACUUUCUUUACGCUCUGCUCGCAAUCAUCAUCAUCACCAUCACCAUCCGCCCUAGAGGCGCCUAAUCGCGCACAGCGCAUCGUCCGCCCGCCCACACUCGCCUAGACAUGGCGGCAGACACGUCGGACCCGGCCCUCGCGGCCGCCGUGGCCGCCGUGCGCAGAGGCGACGACGCGCCCUCAUCCUCCUCAUCCGACAGGACUUCUUGGCUCGUGUCGACCUAUGCAGCGGGCAGCGCCAACGUCCUCGUCCUGUACGCGUCGGGCGGGCCGCCGCCGCUGCCCGCGCUCGGCAUCGCGAUCGACGAGGCGACGGCACAGGAGCCCAUCGCGUUCGGGUACGCCAGCGUCGCGGGCAAGGGCCUCGUCGUCGUCAAGAUGGGCAAGGGGGUCGGCGCUGUGCGGCGAGCCAAGGCAAUCGUCCACUCGCGCGCGUUCGCUGCGCUCUUCGAAUACACCGCCCUCGUUACUGUCACCUCUGGAUCAGAGCUUACCAACGACCUGCUCAAGGACAAACUCGGUGUGGAGUCGCUGGACGACCCGGCGCUGGACGCUGCAUCGCACUUUGUCACUGCCGAGGGCACGCCCAACCCUGAUGCUCAGCAGGGGACCGCGGCCGCCCUGCUAUCGCAGCACCCGAUAUUACCUUCGGCGCCCGCACCAGCAGCGCCUGCUCCAGCCGCCGCAGUGGCACCUCCGCUGCCAAGCACCGAGAUCUCCGCAGGGCCGACGGUUGACUUGGCGCCGACUCCCCCUAUCGACUCGGCACCGGCGGCGUUUGACCUGGCGCCGACACCUCCCUCGCCAAUACCCUCACCCACGCCUCCCACAUUGCCCUCGACGCCACCCCGGUACUCGCCCUCACCGGUUAGUGGCUCCUCCAGUCCCAGACUGCGGGACAGAGGCCCGACCCCGCCGAUCCCCGCUCGGUCGGCUGCAAGACGAGCGAGCUCACGAGACGAGCCGCCUGUGCCGCCACUCCCAUUGCCUCCUAUCCCUGAGAGUUCGGCGACUCGCGACUUGGCUCCCUCGAUCAGUCCAGCCUCGCCGACUUUUGGAACUGGCUUCCCGGUCGCACAAAAACUGCCAGGCGAGCUGAGGAAUCUCCAUGCCCGUGGCCCCUCGCUUGACCCACAGGCGGCGCUCGACGCCUUGACGGCGCAUCUUGAUGUCCCCAACGCAGCGCCACCGCCAGUCACCCCGCCACCGCCAGAGCCUGUCACCGUCGACGAGCCUGUUGCGAUCGAUCCGCCACUGAGAGAGCGGACAAUAUCCACCAGUAGCCGUGGCACGCCGAGAGAACGUGUCAUCUCAGGCGACCGGCCAAGGCAGCGCGACCGCCAGCCAUCAGACCGAUCGGAAAGGGACAACAGCCUCGAGCCUGUGCCAGAGUCGGCUCCUCUGCCGACCCCAUUGGGACCGCCACCUGGAAUCCCCCCACCCGUGCCAGAGGAUGACAUCCCACCGACGCCCGCCGACACACCGGCGAGGUACUCGCGCGAGUCCCGUGACUCUGACAGCGUUGGAGGAGGUGAGAACCGUCUGUCGCGCGAUUCCGCUGGCGGCCUGAGAGACUCGUUUGGCGUCCGCUAUGGCGACCUUCGCCGCUCGUCGCGCGAGCCCCUCUGUAGCAACGACUCGAGGCGUACCAGCGACGCCAAGAGGGUGUCCAGGGACACGAUGGGCAUCGAGCGUGCGUCGCAUUACUCGGCGGCCGACUCGCGCACCUCCCUGUACUCUGUCCCCGACUCUCGUGCGUCGCAGUACUCGACGGGUGACCCCCGCGACACUCGCGUGUCCCAUACCAGUGAUCCACGCGUGUCGCAGGUGUCACGUGCGUCGACGGUCGAAUCUCGGCGUUCAUCGCGAGACUAUGACUCGAUGCGUCGCGCGUCCAGCUCGCGCGACAGCCAUGCUAGCUCGGCAUCGUUGGGCAAGCUCGGCGCGCACGCGAUCGGGACACCAAGACGGCUCAGUCGCGACAUUGCUCAAUCGCCAAUCCACCACCGCGCCGACCCGCAUAGCGCGCACCCGCCUAUUUCAAGCGCAAGCGCGUUGCAUAGGAGCUCGCGAGAGGCUCUGAGGGAGGCCUUUGCUGCUGGAGCAGGAGCAGGCUUUACUCGUACUACCAUCCCUCGGCGCGUCUCACGAGAGCGGCUGCACUCGGCACCCGGCGGUCCAGGCCUAGAGCGCCCUCCCGGUACGCCGAACCGCAGCUCACUGAAUACCCCACCCAUCCCCUCGACCUUCUACCCUGCAUCACCAUCCCCAUUACCCCCUCAGCAUCCGCCACCAUCAGUACCUCUGCCACCAGUACCAUCCACAUCACCGUUACCCCCGCGACCGCGUAGUCGCUCGUCCUUUGGCAGGAAUGGCCCUCCAGCCAGCCCUGCCCCCGAAGUCCCUCUUCCACCCAUUCCAAAGGCUGUUCCCGCGUCAGUCCUGGCAGCCAGCGCCGCCGUCCUCGGCUCAGUGUCCUCUUCACCAGAGUCGGUCACGUCGCCACGUAUGGAGGAGCCUGCUAAUCCUGAGUCGGGCACGCUUGGCAGCUCCCUCCUGCCAGAGGUCUCGCCUCAGCUGCGUACCACUCCUACAUCGCCCCUUGCCGAGGUCCUCCGCUCCCCUGCUCCUGUCCCUCUCGCCAUGCCUGCAACGUCUACGGCUCCGGCCACGCCGUCAUCCCCCCGGUCACCGACAUUUGGAUCACCAACGCCGACUAGACAAACCUCAACUCGCAAGCCUCCGCCAAAGGUUGACGACGACCUGCUCGAGUUCGAGCGCAAGCAGACCACGCGCCUGAGCAAGCUCUAUCAAAUGCCAGACGCGGCGGCAGGCACUACGACGAUUUCAGAGCUUGAUACUAACGUAACCGGUAGUGGCCCUGGCACAUUUUCGUCACGUCGCGCAGCAGACCCCAACUCAGCGACCAAACCUUCACCCGCGCUCAGCGACGCUACACGUUCGACCGUGCCACUGUCGCCUCCGUUGUCGUCCCCGGGGGCAUUCUCAGAUGAUGGCGUGGGAGCCGUCGUUUCGGUCGCAGCUGGCCAGCUCACCCCGGCGCAAGUCGCCACUGCACGUGUUGUCGACAUCUCGAACGGCAACCUUACGCCAGUCUCUGAGCCAAUCGAGAAGUUUGACGCGACCAGGCCAGCGCACAUCACCACCGAGGCCGCCACCAUCCCGUCCGUUCCUGGUCCCGGCCCUGCCCCUAGCGACGCGAAUGGUGUCGCGCAGUGCUCGAUCUCCAAGGACCAUGUCACCAUUCCCGCGACCGAAGAAGACGAGCGCGUUGCAACGUUGGCCAAACGGCGCAAGUCCAGUGUGUCCGAAGCGGUAAACCGCGCCAGGGCUAGUAGUGCUGCUGCUGCUGCCGCGGCGGCGUCUGCAACGACAUCGCCCAACCUCGCUCGUUCGCCACUUCCCACUACCCACCAAGCUCCUGCCAGUACUUCCUUGCUUGAGCGUGGAGGAUCUCAGACAUCGACCAAGAGCGCAAAGCUGCGACACGUCUUCCGGUCCCAACGUUCCAACGGUGACCUGCGCGAUCCUAGCUCCGAGUUUGGCGAUCACGGAUUCUCACCGGCGUCGUCGGAUCAGAACCACGGCUCUAUUCCUCCAUCGCCCAGCGCCAGCCGUUUGCGCACAGCGUCGCUCACAAAGGUGUUCCGCCGCAAGAAAGAGACCCCACCCGCAUCUCCAGCGUUCCGUGGCGUCGGCAUCAGCAGCGACGACAUUCACCCUGAGCCGAUCGGCCUAGGAUUCACCCUCGGCAUGCACGCUCCGAGCGCCUACCGCACGCCCUCUGGAGGCAUCGGCUACACGCCCCCUACGUACAAGCAGGGGGCACCGCCGGUCCCCAACAUGUCGGCUGAGGCUGCGUUGUUCAGCGCUAGGCAGAAGAGUCUGGCCGCCCACAACGAAGCCCAUGAGCUGUGGCGCAAGCAAGAGGAGGAGAGGAAGGCCAAGACCAAGGCUACCAAGUCCAAGGACGAUGUGCUCUCGCAGAGCUCUCACAGUCCCGAGGCGUCGGUGCACUGGAGCAGCCCGGAGGACACUCACCCCAGCCAGGUCCCAGACCCUAUGCGAGUUCCGGACACGGCUCACCAGGUCGACGCCAUCCGACGUGGUGACCCGGCACCGCCGAGACCUGCAAAGGAUGGAGCUCGCGUUGAGCAGAUCACAGCAGCGGCAUCGGCCGCCAGACGGCACCGCCUGGCAGCGCGUGAUUCGUCUGAGGAGUCACCGCCCACGCCCAACUUUGAGGCCGAGGCCAUGGCUGCCCGUGCAGCUGCCGAGCGUGCCGAGGCCGAGGAGGCUGCUCGCCUCGAGGAGGAGCGGCAGCUUCGUGAGGCCAAGAUUGCGUCUCGAGCGGCUCGCGAGGCCGAGGCCAAGGCCCGCGCAGCGGCCAAGACUGAAGCACGGGCCAAGGCCGAGGAGGAGCGCAAGCUUCGAGCAGAGCAGGAGGCGGCUAUCCGGGCCGAGCAGCUCGCCGAGCAACAGCGCCGGCGCGAGGUCGCUGCAGCCCGUGCCGCCGAGGCCGCUGCCCGCGAUGCUGCCGCUGCCAAAGCCCGCGAGGAGUCGAGGGCGGCGCAGGGUUCGAACGGCAGUGCGGCGCCUGUCCUGCUUCGAGGUUGGGUCACGGUCCAGACGAUGCAGAGCAUGACGUGGCGCCGGCGAUAUUUCCACCUGCUUGCCCACGAGCUGCAAAUGUUCAAGACGGACCACGAGGCGCGACCGAUCACUGUUGCCCCCUUGGGCUCUUCGGCCAAGGUGUCGCACACAUACGAGGAGAGCCAGGUGCAGGGAAGCUGGAAGCUGCGUUCCGGCAGCGGCGAGGAAUACUUCAUGUUUGCAGACUCUGCCGAGGACAAGGAGACUAUUCUCCACGCGUUAACUGCAGCCAUUACGGCGUAGCGCGGCGAGUACGGUCGUCGUCGACGUGGGGAGUGUACAGUGUAAGAUGAUCAGAGACAAUCUCGACUCACGAUGGCUGGCAUUGGUCGUCAUCAAUAGAAGUGCAUGCACAUAGGUAUUUGCGCGUUGGUUGGGCGAGAGCUGAGGUUGGGAGAUGUGGUCGUGGCUGUCGUCUACCAGUCAG